AUGGCGUCCGUGCUGGUGAACACGAGGGAGACGAGCGAGGAUCAGCUGGACUGGCUGCAGAAGCAUCGGGCCAGAGAGGUGGAUCAGCUUCGCAAGGAGAAUGGGCAACUGUGCGGAGAGCUUCAAAGAUUGCGAGCUCAACUGGCUCAGUUGAAGAACUUGGAAGAGAAAGCACAAAGACAUGAACGCCAAGAGCUCCAGCUCCAGAAGGGUGUGGAGGAGAUGCAGGUGGAGCUUGAUCAGUCGGAGCAGCGCUGCGAACAGCAGCAGCAGCAGAUUUCAGGCCUGCAGGAGCAGCUGACAACUGCCAAGGCCAAUGAGGCGGAGCUGGAGAGUUUGAGGGAACGCGUGAGAAGAUCGGACGAGGAUCUGCGCGUCCUCAAUGCGAAGGUCAUGGACCUCACAGCCGAGAGAGAGGAGGCGAAGCGGCAAUUGAUCCGAUCUGAUAAGGUGUGCACCGAGCUCUUACAGGAGAUGAAGGACCGACAAGUGGCCUUGGAACUCCUGAAGCAAGAGAACAAGGAGUUGCAACUUGCUGAGAGGUCCAGGUUGGAAAACCAUCAGCAUGAGAUCCAAGUGCUGAAGAAUGAAAUCCAUCAACUCAUCACGGAGUGCCAAUCCUUGAGACAUCAGGUCAGUGACUCCAACAAGGCUCAGGAGCUCUUUGAGGAGCGUCUCAAGAGUAAGGACCAGCAGAUCCAAACCCAGGACGUGGAACUGCAGCGCAGUCGCCGAGAGGCGGAGGAAAUCAAGAAUGAGUGGGAAGCUCGUUGGACCAAGGCGCAGGAAGAGGUUGCAGUCCUUCAAAAAGAACUUCACGAGAAAGUGAGGAUGGAGCAUGAACUGAAGGAAAAGGCCUCCAUCCUCGAAGCGCAGGUGCAGCAUCAUCUGCAAGAAGAACAUCGGCUUCGGCAGGACGUCUUGCGGCUGCAGACCUUGGCCGAUGAGCGCGGGCUCACGGUAGAGAAAGUGCAAAAGCGAGAAGACAGCUCGACUGAGAAGGCCUCAGAGCUACAGAAGCGCUUGCAAGAGUUGCAAGCCUCGUUGCUGGCAGAGCGCAGCAAGCUCCGUGAGACCGAGGGCGAGUUGCACCGGGCCAGGGAGUCGUUGAGCUUCGCUAGGAAGGAACUUGAUGAUGUCAAGUUGCAAGGAGAGGUGGCUCGUCGAGAGGCACUUCGUCGAAGUGAUGAGAAGGUGGCAGAGGAGCUCAGCCAUACUCAGCAACUGGCCUCUGCCCGAGCGCGCCGGGCUGAGGAGCAGGUGGCGGACCGUGAUGCUGAGAUCAUGCGCCUGGAUCGUGAGUUGGUGCAGUGCCGAGGACACCUUGCGCAACGGGACAAAGAAGCAACUCAGCUUGCAAUGGAGUUGAGAGCCGCUGGCUUGAGGGAAGGUGUGCUGGAGCAGGCAUUGGAGCAGGCUGCAAAGCACAAAGUCAAGGCUGAGGCGUCCUGGCACCAGGCCAGACGACAGCUUCAAGAACUGUCCGCAGGGGCCCAGCUGCGACCCGAGUCCUUUGCGGCACGACGACACUUGGGUGCAUUCACAGACUCGCCUGGCCGGCUGCGCUUGGGCCGCCAGGUGGACCUGGACGGUCGUCCUCUUCGGCGCGCGGUGCCCCCCCCGCGCCACCUCUGA